AGGCUGAACGGCCCGACCUGCAGUCCGGCUUCCGCGGCCGAGCGCACCGUUAAACCGCGGGCCGUUCACCUCGGAGGCGCCCAUGGAAAGUUAAUCAUUGACAGGAGGGCGAGAGAGGAGGCGUUUAAUCUUUCCAAGGCAUUCUGCUGGUGAAAUCCACUCAAACAGAACUUUUCCACUGAAUAAUCAUUAACUCCACUUAAUACCACCUGAAAUUUGGGGAACCGAUGUAACACGGCCAAUCCAACUCGGAAUUAAACUCCCAAAGGCACUAGGCAGCUGUUUCAGAGUGUCAUGGGGGAACAAGACCAGGGCCAGAUUCACUUUAUCAGGAACAACAGGGGUGACAAUCUGCGUUGAAAAAAAAUUGGCUCUUCUCCAGCGUUUCUCAGUAUCGCUUUUUGUAUUCAUGACAUCCUGCUUGAUGUUAUGAAUGGUGACGUCUUCGAUUCAGAUAAUGGCGAAUGAGGUGGCGACGGACAAGGUUGCAGAGAAGUUGAGUUCUACUCUCUCAUGGGUGAAGAACACAGUGUCUCACACUGUCAGUCAAAUGGCUAGUCAAGUGGCAAGCUCAUCUACUUCAUCGCUGCACACUACAUCUUCAUCAACAACGCUCUCGACACCUGCACUUUCACCAGGCUCACCAACUGCACUUAGUCCUGAUGAUUUGGAGCUUCUUGCAAAAUUAGAAGAACAAAAUAGGUUACUGGAAACUGAUAGUAAGUCUUUGAAAUCUGUAAAUGGAUCGCGGCGCAAUAGUGGAUCUUCCCUGGUAUCUAGUUCUUCUGCCUCGAGUAACUUGAGCCACCUGGAAGAAGAUUCCUGGAUUCUUUGGGGGAGAAUUGUUAAUGAGUGGGAUGAUGUGCGGAAAAAGAAAGAGAAACAGAUGAAGGAGCUUGUUCGAAAAGGGAUUCCUCAUCAUUUCCGAGCUAUUGUGUGGCAACUCCUAUGCAAUGCACAGAAUAUGCCCAUCAAAGAUCAAUAUUCAGACCUUUUGAAAAUGACUUCACCAUGUGAAAAACUUAUCAGAAGAGACAUUGCAAGAACAUAUCCAGAACAUGAAUUUUUUAAAGAGAAAGACAGCCUCGGACAAGAAGUUUUAUUCAAUGUGAUGAAGGCCUAUUCACUUGUAGAUCGGGAAGUUGGUUAUUGCCAAGGGAGUGCUUUCAUAGUUGGUCUGCUACUCAUGCAGAUGCCAGAGGAAGAAGCAUUUUGUGUUUUUGUGAAGCUAAUGCAAGACUAUAGACUCCGUGAGCUAUUCAAACCCAGUAUGGCCGAGCUAGGUCUCUGUAUGUACCAAUUUGAGUGGAUGAUACAGGAACAGCUACCAGAACUUUAUGUGCAUUUUCAAUCUCAGAGUUUUCACACUUCCAUGUACUCCUCCUCCUGGUUCCUAACUAUCUUUCUGACUUCAUUUCCAUUACCGGUUGCCACAAGAUUAUUUGACAUUUUCAUGUCAGAGGGUCUCGAGAUUGUUUUUCGUGUUGGGAUAGCUAUACUACAGUCUAAUCAGGCAGAAUUGAUGCAACUUGACAUGGAGGGAAUGUUACAACAUUUUCAAAAGGUCAUCCCACAUCAGUUUGACAGUGGCCCUGACAAGUUGAUCCAAACAGCUUAUCAAAUUAAAUACAAUGCAAAGAAAAUGAAGAAAUUGGAAAAGGAAUACACUACCAUAAAAAAUAAAGAGAUGGAAGAGCAAGUGGAAAUUAAGAGGUUACGCACGGAAAAUCGUUUGCUGAAACAACGAAUUGAAACAUUGGAGAAAGAAAGUGCUUCUUUGGCAGAUAGAUUGAUUCAGGGACAAGUGACAAGGGCACAAGAGGCAGAGGAAAACUACCUCAUUAAACGGGAGCUGACCACCAUUAAACAGCAGAGUGAUGAGGCUAGUGCUAAGCUGGAGAAAGCUCAGAAUGCCUUCAGGGAGCUCCAAGAGCAACGGCAUAAAUGCAAUCCACGCUACAGUGAGGAUUUUGUUCUUCAACUGGAAACUGAACUCGUGCAAGCAAGGUUAAGAGAAGCAGAAACACAAUGUGCACUUAAAGAAAUGCAGGACAAAAUCUUGGACAUAGAAAAGCGAAGCAGCUCCUUUCCCGAUGAGGAUAAUGUGGCCAGGUUGCAAGACGAGCUCAUAGGGGCAAAACUAAGAGAAGCAGAGGCAAUAGUGAGCGUAAAAGAACUUGGGCAGCAAGUUAAAGAUUUGGAUGAUCAUUGGCAGCGCCAUCUGGCUCGAACUAGCGGCCGGUGGAAAGAUUCGCCUCGGAGGAACGUCGUAAGUGAACUGCAGGACGAACUGAUGACAGUGCGUUUGAGAGGAGCCGAAACACAGGCUGAACUGAAGGAGGUUAAGCAACGAAUGUUAGAACUUGAAACACAGAACCAAAUCAGCAGUAACCAGUUAUGUCGAGCAGAGAAGGAAUGCAAUAGUCUACGUGAGAAGGUGCAAUAUCUCACAGCCCAGAAUAAGGGACUACUCACUCAGUUAAAUGAAUCUAAACGGAAAAUGGCUGAAAUGGACUGCAAGAAUAAAGAAGACGUGAUGGCAGUAAGACUUCGGGAAGCAGAAAGUAUUGCAGCUGUGGCAGAACUUCAACAGAAAAUUGCUGAAUUAAAAAUGCAGAAAGAAGAGGGUAAAGUUAAAGGCCAGCUUAAUAAUUCAGACUCCACCCAAUAUAUUCGAGAACUGAAGGAUCAGAUAGAGGAGCUGCAACAUGAGGUAAGUGAUAAAAUCUAGAUUUGCGUACUUUGUUAAUCUUUUCCAUUAUCUUUAGCACUUUUUUUGUACAAAUCUUGCCUGUUGAAAAUUGC